AUGGUUUUAAUACUUGCUCUUGUUAGAGAUCUGAGGACUCUUGUUCGGGCCCUUGGAAAGAAUCCAACUCAGGAGGAGCUGAACAAGUUGUGCAACGAGGUCGAUCCCAAUGGGGAGGGGAACGUCACUUUCAACACUUUCGUGAAUGUGAUGUCGCUGCCCAUGAGGGCCUUGGAAACCGAGCAAGAGCUCCUUGCAGCCUUCCAAGCCUUUGACAAGGACGGCAAUGGUUUCUUGAAGGACCAAGAGUUCGCCCUUGUCAUGCGCACAUUCGGAGAGUGUUUGACUGAUGAGGAAGUCGACAUCCUGCUACAAGAGUCGCGACCAUACAGGGAUGAAGAGGGGUUGAUCAACUACAGGGCGUAUGCGCAUCUCCUGUUGACCGGAGGAAGAGCGCUGGCAGCAUGCAAGACUCUUGGAGAGAACAGGGUGCGAUCACCAACUGCUCUCGAUCCUUACACCAUGUGGCGGAGUAGCGACUCGAUGGAUGGACUGACACCGGACGAGAGGAGACUCCGUGAGAGAUUGCUCGCUGAAGCAACUCUGAAGGAGACAACCCAGGGCUACCAGUCCAUAUUGGAGGAGAGUAGGAGGAAGAUCGAGACUCUCAAGAAUGCCGCUCAUGCUGAGAGCGUUCUUAAGGAGCACGGCAAGGACGGUGUCGGGACAACCCUGGGAGAAUCGGGAGCGGUGCCGAAGGCUUCCAAGGCAACACCGCUCACCAAUCUGCUGAAGCAGCGGCUGGCGAUCAGCCCGAUGACGGUAGCGGAGUACAUGACGAUCGCUCUGAACCAUCCCGAGCACGGGUACUACCAGACAAGAGAGGUCUUCGGCACCCAAGGAGACUUCACGACCGCUCCAGAAAUCAGUCAGAUGUUCGGGGAGAUCAUGGGGAUCUGGGUUCUUUACACCUGGCAGCUCCUGGGAUGCCCAGCCAAAGUCCAGCUGAUCGAGCUGGGGCCAGGAAGAGGCACCAUGAUGCUGGAUAUCAUGCGGACAUGCGGCAUGCAUCGUCCCUUCCUCGAGGGGUUGACGGUUCACCUAGUCGAGGCCUCUGCCAAGUUGAAGAAGUUGCAAUCUGAGAAGCUCGUGGGAGUUGGGAUGUUUCAGAAACUGCCCAGAAUGACGCAGGAAAUCGUGUACAGGGAGGUUCCGGUCAUCCCUGGUGCCUGCUCCAUCAUCCUCGCGCAGGAGUUCUUUGAUUGCCUUCCUGUCCACCAAUUCGUCCAUACCGAGAGAGGGUGGUGCGAGAAGAUGGUUGAUAUCGCUCCUUCCGACAGUCCCGAUCACCUUCGUUUCGUCCUCUCCAACGGCCCCACUGCUGCCUCCAAGAUGUGCCUCUUGGACAGCAUCAUCCCCAACCUGGCGAGCAAGAAGCUCAACGAGGGGGUAGAAUUGAGCCCCCAGUCUUGGUACAUAGCCCGACAGAUUGCCACGAGGGUGCGACAGUCUGAAGGAGCCGCCCUCAUCGUCGACUACGGCAACAACGAGUGCGCAGCAGACACGCUGCAGGCUGUGAAGAAUCACAAGUUUGUGCCCGUGCUCGAGGAGCCAGGAGAAUGCGACCUCACCAGCCACGUCGAUUUCUCUGCCAUCAAGAGAUCAGCGCUGCAGGACCUUCUGAGCAAGGAGGAUGUGGCAAAAGUUUCCCAGAGUGCAGUCGACAAGGUCUCCGACGCUGUCAAAGCGUAUCAGGAGAAGUUGUCGGUACUUGAGAGCGAGGCCAAAAGUAAGUCUCUCUCGCAAGAGCGCAUCAAGGAAGCAUUCGAACAGCUCCGUGAGCAAGUGUCUGAAGGUGAUGUGAGCUCGAAGUCGGCAGCAGCUGGAACAGGAGCUGGCACUGCACGAGGAGAGCCAGGAGACGUCCUCGUCCACGGCCCGGUCACUCAGUGCGCCUUCCUUCAUGCCAUGGGCAUCCGCGAGCGCGCGCAAGCGCUGUACAGUGCAUCCCAAGAAGAGGAGCAGCAGCAGAAGAUCAUCAAGCAGUAUGAGCGUUUGACCGCUCCCGAGGAGAUGGGCGAGCUGUUCAAGGUCAUGGCGAUCACAUGUUCGAAGUUGAAGCAAGUUGCUGGGAUCGAGGAGCCGCAAACUUGA